AUGCUGAGAUCCAUCUCGGAGUUGAUGAUCCUUAUCAAGGGCAUGGCCGCUGCUGCCCGCAGCGUCUUCUUCGUUAUGUGUCUCUUAGUCAUCGUUUUGUAUGUUUUUUCCAUUGCUUUCACGCAGCUGGCUGCUGGAACGGUGAUGGGAAGCUUUUAUUUUCCUACUGUCCAACAUUCGAUGUACACCCUGUUGAUCUAUGGUACAUUUUUGGAUGACAUUGCCCCCUUCUGCGAUGAAGUAGGCGCUGAAAGUGUGGCAUGCUUGCUUUUGAUAUUCGUAUUUGCCAUCCUGGCCGCCUGCACUGUGUUGAACUUGCUCAUUGGCAUCCUCUGCGAAGUAGUGUCCGCUGUGGCUGCCACAGAAAAAGAAGAGAUGAUGGUCCAAUUUGUGACCCAAAAGAUCGAGUCGCUGCUUCGCGCCGGGGACUGCUACAACGAUGGCAUGAUCUCACAGGCGGAGUUCGAGAGGAUUCUCAAGACACCGGAGGCGGUCUUGGCGCUCGAAGAGGUUGGCAUUGACCCAGUCUCGAUUGUUGACUUUACCGAGCACAUUUUUCAUGGGGAGGACAACUUGGAAGGAACUUUGAACUUUCCGAAGUUUAUGGAGGUUAUUUUGAAACUUCGUCAAACGAACGAGUGCACCAUCAAAGAUGUGGUGGACCUGCGGCGCUACAUUGUCACUCAACUGACCACAGCCCAGGAAGUUGUUCUGGAGCAUCUUCGGGAUUGCGAUCAGGCUUCCAAAGGUCGAGCUUCACCAAGCAUGGGCCUAGCUUCACCAAGCAUGGGCCUAGCUUCACCAAGCAUGGGCCUAGACAGGGAGGACUUGUGCUUCGGACCAGGUGGUGCUUCAGGCACUGGUGCCACGAGUGAUCGACAAUUCCGCAGCGCUUGCGGAGCUUGCCCAUCGCUGGCUGGUCUCAAAGCGAGAACCGCCAGACUCGAAGAGCUCAUGCAGAAGAUGUUGGUUGAGGUCUCCGAGCUCGUCCAGCGUGUGCCGAUAGAGGAUGGCAAGGCGGCGUCAUGGCCUCCGGACUUCAAGCGCGCAAAGGAUCCAACCGAGAGCCGUUGUCAAGGAAGUCCAAGUGGAAGCCCAAGUGGGGCAACAGGGGCUGGAGCAGAACAAGUCUUUGCGCAGUUGCUGCUGCAGUUGCAGCAAGGGCAAGCGCAGAUUGGGACCAAGGGUUCAAAGGGAUCUCCAGAAGGAAAAGGCAAAUCAUCCAAAGGAAAAGGCAAAAGCAAGAUAGGAUCCAAAUCUGGAAAGCAGUACGCCGUUGAGAACCAAGAAGAAACUCAGCAGUGGUCUGAAGAACCUGAAGCAGAAGGUCAGGAGACUUGGAAUGCAGAAGCUUGGCCAAACCAAGAUGGCCAAUGGGAAGAACAAACUGGUGAGCAAGGUGCCAUCUGUGUUGCCAGUGCUGAUUCAGCACAGCAAGCACCCAGGCAGAGGCCACUCACCAAGUAUGAGAAGGCGUUGGAAGGAGAGCAGAAGGAGUUCAUGGAGGGAAAGAUUUGGAAGCGCCCUGAAGUGUUCUGGAAUAUGCCUUUCAGGUUGGUUUGCAAUCAAAGCUGCUAUGAGGGCAAGUUCUACUGUGGAUACCAGCGCUGCAAACACAAAGGCUUCACUUCCCCAUCUCAAUUCAAUCAACAUCUUCGUUCAAAGGUUGGCACUCAUGGACAUCCAGACCAAGAGCAAAUCAAUGCUUGGGAGAAGGACCCCUACGUGGUGCCAGAAGGACGCAGACACUAUGGACUUUGGGAUCCAGUGACUGGCAACAUGUUGAAUGCCAAGGUCGACGUCUGGGAUUCUGAACCUCUGAGAGUUGCCACCGAGAAGAGCAAGGAGAGAAUGAAGUUGGAGCUCUCUGCAAAGAAGCCACCUGCUCAGGAGGAAGCCACUGAGGCCGAGAAGAGGGAGACGGUGUUGUUGAAAGCAAAGCCCAAGUGCAAGCCAGAGAAGUUUGGAACAAAGCAUGUGGAGAAUGUUGACGACUCUUCUGAAUACACCAUCGAUUCAGAAGACAUUGAAGAAGAUGAAUCUGAAGCUUUUGAAGUGAAAGAUGAAGAAGUGAAGAUUCCUGAGGAGGACCCUGAGGAGAAAUUUGAGGAGACUGCAGAGGACUUGGAGGCCUUGAGAGAAGAGAAGGGUCAAGACCUUGCAAAGAAAGACAUCAAAGCUUUGGAGAAGAAGAAGCUUGAGGAGAAAGAGGCAUUGAAGAAGAAACCUGUGGGAUUCACACCUGGCGCUGUGGCAAAGUUCACUCAGGCUUUGAUCAUGCAAAAGCUCGAGGAGGACAAGUCCAUUGAAGGAACUUUGGUACUUCUGGAUCGUGACCAUCCAGCACGCAAAACUUUGGAGGAGACCAUCACCCAGAAGAAGGAGGAGAUGAAGAAGAUCCAAGCUGAAAGACAGAAGGAGGAAAGCGCCAAGAAGAAGAAGCAGGAGGAAGAGAAAGAAGCGCCCAUUGUCAAUCCUGAAGAUGAAGAGGACGCAGAUGUUCAAGCCUUGUUGGCUGAAGUUGGAAAGCCACCAGAACAAGCAUCUAGUAGUGUUGGUUCAGCACACCAAGAUCGCAAGUCAGAGGCUGACACUUCCAAGUACUAUGGUGGAUCAUCAAAGGGUUGGUCCAGCAAGUGGAAAGGCAGUUGGGACAAGCAGUCCUAUUGGAAGCACGAUCAAUGGGAGAACUACUACAGUUCUGGUCGUGGCUCUGAACAGCCUAAAUCUCCAGAAGAAGGUCCAAAGAAGAAGAAGGAGGCCGAGGAGAGUGAAGAGAACUUGGAAGAGACCCCAAAGAGGCCCAAGAUCAACUUUGGUGAUCGAAGAGCUGCAGGGCCAUUGAGGAUUGCAAAAGGACGCAUGGGACCUGCAUCUGCUGAAGAAAGUCACGAAGGUGAUGAUGCUGAGCUAGAAGGUCUUGAACCCACUGAUGAUGAGUUGAAGGCAGAGGCGCCCAAUGAGGAGGACGAUGAGAUGGAUCCUGAAGAAGCUGAAGAAGCUGAGGAAGGUGAAGAAGGUCAAAGGGGAGAGCUGAAUAGCUUUGGUCCCCCCAGCAAAUUGCCACCAAGACGUGAUGGACCAGAAGGAAACAAUUGGUGCCGUGUGGACUUCAUCGUGGACAGUGGUGCAUCAGACAACACCCUUCCUGUGGGUGUACUUCCAGGAAUUCCAAUGAAGCCACCACAAGGCUUCAAGGACUUUGCACUUGCUGAUGGACGCAUCAUCCCAAACUUGGGACAGAAGGCUGUUCAAAUGGCAUUUCAAUGUGGGCUGGUGCUGACUGGAACAUUUUCAAGUGGUGGACAGCGCAAAGCCACUGCUCAGUGUGGGCAAGGUGACAAACUUGGGACACACUGUGAAGAUGACACCAGAAGGUGGCCAGAUUGUCUUGAAGAAUGGCAAGUCUAUCAAGAUCUACUUCAGGAACGGUGUAUGGAAGAUUCCAACUUGGAUUUGGUGUCCAGGUGA